AUGGCAACACAGUAAUGGUUUUAAAAUUAAUAGAGAAAUAUUAAAAUAGUUCUCAAGCAUAGCAAUAGUAGUUUUAAUUUGUUUGGUCGUUUAGAUAGAUAGUUACCUGAUUCUUGGAAUGAGUAGCUGAAAUCAUGGAUUUCCAAAAAAUAUCCUAAAAUAUAAAAAAAAAGAUUUUGA